UCUGAGAUCACGACCUGAGCCGAAGGCAGAGAGGCUUAACCCACUGAGCCACCCAGGCGCCCUGAAAACACAAUCUUGAUACUAAAUUCUACAAUCAGGAUUUACAGAGUUAUGUAUGCGAACUUUUUCCUGGAAAUAUCAACAAUUUGGAAUUUUAUUGACAUGUUUUUGUAUUUAUCUGAUUCUUUUUUAAAAAAUGGAACCUUGUUCCUGUGAUACUUUUGUGGCAUUACCUCCAGCAACUGUUGGUAACAGGAUUAUUUUUGGAAAAAAUUCAGAUAGAUUGUGCGAUGAAGUACAGGAGGUGGUUUAUUUUCCUGCUGCAGUUCAUGAUAACCUGAGAGAACAUCUUCAGUGUACUUACAUAGAAAUUGAUCAAGUUCCUGAAACAUAUGCUGUUGUCCUUAGUCGCCCAUCUUGGUUAUGGGGGGCAGAAAUGGGAGCCAAUGAGCAUGGAGUCUGCAUUGGAAAUGAAGCUGUAUGGGGAAGAGAAGAAGUUUGUGAUGAAGAAGCACUACUGGGCAUGGACCUUGUCAGACUUGGCCUUGAAAGAGCUGAUACAGCUGAAAAAGCCCUCAAUGUCAUUGUUGAUCUAUUAGAAAAAUAUGGCCAGGGUGGAAAUUGUUCAGAGGGUAGGAUGGUAUUUAGCUAUCACAAUAGUUUCCUGAUAGCUGAUAGGAAGGAAGCGUGGAUUCUGGAGACUGCAGGAAAGUACUGGGCUGCAGAAAAAGUACAAGAGGGCAUUCGUAAUAUUUCUAAUCAGCUUUCUAUAACAACCAAGAUUGAUCGGGAACAUCCAGACAUGAGAAACUAUGCUAAGCGGAAAGGUUGGUGGGAUGGUAAAAAGGAGUUUGAUUUUGCUGCAGCAUACUCUUAUCUUGACACAGCCAAGAUGAUGAUUUCACCAGGCAGAUACUGUGAAGGCUACAAGCUUCUGAAUAAACACAAAGGAAAUAUAACUUUUGAAACAAUGAUGGACAUUCUCCGAGAUAAACCAAGUGGCAUUAAUAUGGAGGGAGAAUUCCUGACCACUGCAAGCAUGGUUUCUAUGUUACCUCAAGACUCCAGCCUUCCUUGCAUUCACUUCUUCACAGGGACUCCUGAUCCUGAGAGAUCCAUUUUUAAGCCUUUCAUAUUUGUACCAAAUAUUCCACAACUCUUGGAUACGAGUUCACCAACAUUUGGACAUGAAGAUCCAGUUAAAAAGAAGCCACGUUUUCAGUUUAAGCCUGACAGAAGACACCCACUCUACCAAAAACAUCAACAGGCAUUGGAAGUAAUAGAUAAAAAGGAGGAAAAAGCCAAAACCUUGUUGGACAACAUGAAGAAACUGGAGAAAGACCUAUUCAAAGAGAUGGAAUCAAUUCUUCAAAACAAGCACCUUGAUGUGGAUAAAAUAGUUAAUCUCUUUCCUCAGUGUGCAAAAGAUGAAAUUAGAAUUUAUAAGUCAAACAUUAGUCCUUAGUGGUCAUGUAUGGUGAGCAAUCUUCUUUAAAGUCAGAAUCUAUCACCUAUCAUCUAUCACAAUGUUAUCAUUGGUAAAUGAUAACCUAAUUUAAGCAGAUCUGAUUAUUCUUUAAUAGCAUUUACAUUAAUGGCCUAUGAGAACUACAUAUAACCUUGCUGAAAUAUUGAGAAUGAAAAUAACAUUGGAAUUAGGCAUGUAUAUCAUGGGAUAGCCAGGAGCUAUUUCAUGUAUUUAUUUGCCUAUUUUUUUUUUUAGCCAUAAUACCUUUUAAAAAAUUGUAAUAAUUAAAUAUUUAAU